AUGUGGACAGAGCCUUGGUGUGUGGCGGUGGCCCUGGUGCUCCUGGUGUGGGUGCAGUUUGGGGAGGGGAAGGAGGAGCGAGGCCGGGUGUGGGGCCGCAGGGAGGACGGCUCCCCCAAGGAGGGGGGGCGCUGCUCCUACACCUUCAUCGUGCCCCAGCAGAGGCUGACGGGGGCGCUGUGCGUGAGCUCGCGGGUGGAGGCCGCUAACUGCUCGGAGCUGGCGGCGCUGCGGGUGGAGGUGGGGCGGCAGCAGGAGCAGCUGGGCAGGCUGCGGGGGCUCCUGGAGCAGGAUGGGGGGCUGGCCGCUGAGGUGCGCGCCCUGCGCCGGGAGAGCGGCGACAUCAACGCCCGCAUCACGCAGAUCUACGCCCAGCUGCUGCACGACCUCAUCCACAAGAAGGACCACGCCCUGGAGCAGAGGAGGCUGGAGAGCCUGCUGCUCAAUGCCACGGCCCAGGUGCUGCAAGUGUCGGCCCUGAACGAAGAGCUGGAGAAGAAGUAUGAAGCACUUUCCUCCCUGGUGAAUAACCAGAGUCUGCUGAUUACACGGCUGGAGGCGCAAUGCCAGCAAACCCACACACACCCUGGCCCUCCGCAGCAGCAGCCUAAGGAGCCGCAGAGUGACAGCGCAGCACCUGGAAAGACGACCAAUGGCAUCCGGAGGGACCAGAGCCCCUCCCUCUCACAGCAGGACCCACCCGUCACCAGGCCUUACCCUCCCACAGAUGCUCCUUUCAGCAGCUACCCUGUCACUAAAACCCCAGGUCCGUGGCGGGAUUGCCAGCACGCUCUGGAGUCGGGAGAGAACACCAGCGGGAUCUACCUGCUGCGUCCCCUCAAUGCCAACCGUCUCGUACAGGCCUGGUGUGAGCAGAACCACGCCCAAGGAGGCUGGACGGUCAUCCAGCGGAGGCAGGACGGCUCGGUCAACUUCUUCAGAACCUGGGAUCAGUACAAGCAUGGGUUUGGGAAUCUGAAUGGAGAGUACUGGCUGGGCCUGGAGCACCUGUACUGGCUGAGUACGCAGGCUGAGUACCGCCUGCAGGUGGCGCUGGAGGACUGGCAGGGCAGGCACGUGUUCGCAGAGUACGACCGCUUCCGCCUGGAGCCCGAGAGCGACUGGUACCGACUGCGCCUCGGCCAGUACCACGGCAACGCCGGAGACUCCCUCUCAUGGCACAACAACAAAGCCUUCACUACGCUGGACAGAGACAAGGACGCUUACACAGGUAACUGUGCUCACUACCAGAAAGGGGGCUGGUGGUACCACAUGUGUGCCCAUUCCAACCUGAACGGAGUGUGGUACCGUGGAGGACAUUACCGCAGCCGAUACCAGGACGGUGUGUACUGGGCCCAAUUCCAUGGGGGGUCUUAUUCUCUCAAGAAAGCCACCAUGAUGAUCAAACCUAUUUGAGCCAAUCAGCGUAAUGCUGUGGUGGAGCCUACCUGUUUGAAUAAAAACACAGGGAGUGUCUAGUCCCUACCAUUUAAGCCAGAAAAUUCUCAUUUUAAGAAUUUUUAAUUUACUGUACAGUACAUCAGCUUGUUAAAGCAUGCAGACAUGG